CGUUCCUCAAAAUUGAAAGUGACGCCCAAAAUUAGAGAGAAGAAAUUAACAAAACGACUCACUUUCCUCCUUGUGGCUUUGCCUUUUCGUCAAAAUUGGUUCCUUUUUUUAUUGAGAUUUUCUUACUUGGUCCAAUUUUUGUGCUCAGUCUUGAUUUUAAUUACAGUAGAUCAGCCUUUAUGUGAACUGAUUUCUGGAGGGUUUUCCAUAAUCACAUGGCAGUUCAGGAUUUUGUAGUUUGAGUUCAAAGAAUGAUGGGAAGUUAUAGUGACAGUGAAGAAGAAUGUUUCUUUGAUAGCCGUGAUGACAUCACUUCUGUCUCUGAUUUGGGUUCUGAUUGCAACGAGGCGUGCACUCGUGAUGGGGGCGAGGAGUGUGUUUUAGGAUAUGAGUUUUGGAAUAAGGAUUUAGAAAGUGUUGAUGAACGUCGUGAUAGAUUUUUGAAAUGGUUAGGUUCGAAUUCGAGUUGGGUCAGACCUGAUGGACAUGAACAGAAUGAUGUAAAAAGAAUUAGGGAUAGCGGUGAGACCGUGCUGGCGAAUUCAGAUUCUAGAAACAGUUGUUUCUUAGGUCGGUCGUCUCAAUCUUCCCAGUCUAAUGAAGCUUUGGAAUUGGAGGAUGAAGAUGCAGCAGAGGCGGGAUUGCAUUGCAAAAUUAGGAAUUUGGACAAUGGAGUAGAGUUUGUCGUGGAUGGAUUUGGUCAGGAUGGUAUGCUUAGCCAAGUACGUGAAGUAGGUUCGAACAGAUUGUUCUCUGCUGAAGAGUUCCAGAGAACUCUUGGGUCAUCGCCUUUGGUUCAGAAGCUUCUGCGGAGAGUACCAGAUGGAAUUGAUACAGUUGAUGCUAAGACAAAAAAUAAAAGAAGUUGGCUUCAAAAGCUCACUGUUGCGACCCAUAAUAAGAUGAGGUCAAUAGGAGACAAGGUGAAGGCCAAGGACUCCAAUUUAAAGCCGGGGAAUCACACUCAUAGAGUCCGGGUCCACACUUGUAGUAAGGAGUCAAAAGAACUGUCCUCACUUUACACAGGGCAAGAGUUCUUAGCACAUGAGGGCUCAAUCUCAACAAUGAAGUUUAGUCCUUGUGGCCAAUAUCUAGCAAGUGCCGGCAAAGAUGGCAUGGUGGUGCGCAUUUGGAGGGUGAUUGCAGAUGAAAUUCCGAGCAACUUGAAUGUUCAGGAUAGCGACCCAUCUUGUUUAUACUUCUCACUGACUCAUACAUCAAAACUAGCUUCUUUAAACGACAAUAGAGAGAAAAUUAAUGGGUCAAAAAUCAUGAAAAAGUCGUCGGAAUCAGCUUGCGUCGUCUUCCCGCCAAAGAUUUUCCGGAUAUUGGAGAAGCCAUUGCAUGAGUUCCAUGGACACAAGGGUGAGGUCUUGGCCCUUUCAUGGUCCAAAAAUGGGUAUCUGCUGUCAUCUUCAGUUGAUAAAACAGCUCGUCUCUGGCAAGUAGGGCACGAUCAAUGCCUUGGCGUUUAUUCACAUAAUAAUUAUGUCACUUCUGUAGAAUUCAAUCCAGCGGAUGAUAACUUUUUCAUUAGUGGUUCAAUAGAUGGGAAAGUACGUCUCUGGGAGGUGCAUGGUUGCCGAGUAAUUGAUUGGACUGAUGUAAAAGAAAUAGUGACUGCUGUUUGUUAUUGUCCCGAUGGAAAGGGGGGCGUUGUGGGAUCCAUGGAUGGCAACUGUCGUUUUUAUGAUGUAGUAGGUAAUCGGUUGCAGAUGGGCUCACAAGUAUGCCUUCAAGGAAAGAAGAAGCUUGCUCGCAAAAGAAUAACUGGAUUUCAGUACUGUCCGAACGACUCGAGCAAAGUCAUGGUAACUUCUGCUGACUCACAAGUUAAAAUACUUUGUGGAUCUGAUAUCAUCUGCAAAUUCAAAGGAAUUCGAAAUUCUGGAAGCCAAUUUCCUGCAUCUUUCACCUCAGACGGGAAACACAUUCUCGCAGUUACUGAGGAUUCAAAUGUUCAUAUCUGGAACUACACUAACCAGGGCCGGACUACUACAAACAAACCAAAACAUGUCCGGUCAUCAGAGAGUUUCUUUUCCAACAACGCAUCAGUUGCCAUACCUUGGUGCGGGUUCAAAACUAAUCCAGGAACACUACCUACAAGCUUUUUAGAAAAUGGGAAUGUCAACGAGAACUCGCUGCCAAAGACUUCAGAUUGUUUUUCCCUUGGGCGUGCGUUUUUCUUAGACUCUCUAUCUAAGGGCACCGCGACAUGGCCAGAGGAGAAGCUGCCUAAUCCGAGUCCAGUAACCGUCACCCCUUCAGUAUGCAAAUCGGAGUACAAGUUCUUGAAAAGUGCAUGGCAAGGUGCAUUAAGCUCUCCUCAUUUAUGGGGUCUUGUGGUUGUCACUGCUGGAUGGGAUGGAUGUAUUAGAACAUUUCUCAACUAUGGGUUACCAAUUCGUUUUUGAAAUCUGGUAUUUUGUGUAAAUUGUUUUUGUUUGUAAAUUAAUAGCAAUUCUUGGCUUUGUCACCAAAAUGGUGCAAAGGGCAAAAGAUCCUACUCCUUAGGUUACGAGUAUAGGAUUGGAGGGGCAUAUUAGUCACUUUAAUACAAGUUGUAAUAGUCUUGUUCAUUCAAUUAACUUAUAUAUUCUUUUA